CGGCUCAAGGCCGUUGCUUGAUGUUCCAACCAUGCCGUUUUAACCAGACGUUCAUCUGUAUUGCAGUAUGGGCGACUGAGAUAUGAGAUAUGGAGACUCUGGGGCUCUCGACGGAUGAUACGAUUUUCUUCUGGUGCGCUUGUGCACUGCUGCUGGUGAACUUGUUAGUUUACUGCCGCGAAGCUCCAGUACUCUGCAGGACUUGGUAUGACUUGGCCGUGAAGAGUCUCAGGUGGAGAGACUGGUAUCCCAACCGAGAGAAGGAUCAGAUCAGGGAGGCCUUCCUUCAAAGAGACUUGUGCCAGAAAGGUCAUUUGGGCACGACGCCUCAUGUCAUAUGCCCUUCCUCUCCCUGCUUGCGGCACAUGUUCGGUUUUAUGGAACAUGUGGGCAGGGAAUGCACAAUGGAUGUCUGUAGCAACCAUUUGGUCACUUCUGUUGUUGCACGUUUCCUUCCUGAUGGUUCACUUGGUGCCAUCAGUGAUAACAGCUUCUGUGUUGGACUUGAUUUGCUUGGCCGCCCAUGGUUUCUUGGCUUUCUUGGUAUCUCCACUGGGAAGCCCCAACUUUAAUGAUGUGUUCAUCUUGCAGUUGGUGGGCUUCAUGGUGCUGCAGAUCGUUUUCGUUGCCGUUGCCGCACGGUACACUGGAGUCCUCGUCAGCCACAGCUUAGUCGUUGGAGUGGUUCUGUGGCGUGUGUCCAUGGAGACAGACUUUGCAUCUGGGGAACCCGACACAGUUGCGAACUCCCGGACUUUGGUUUUCUGCAAUAUAGUCUGCACAGGUGCGGUGGUCGCAGUCCACAAUAUUGCGAACCAACUCAUUCGUCACACCCUGGAGACAACGAUGAUGGCAAGCGAUAGCAAUCGGCAUCUCAGUGCAGCUUCCGCACUGCUAGAGCUGACAUGCGAUGCGGUCUGCGAGAUUGACAGCGAUUUGAAGCUCCAGUCACACUCGCAGAAGUUGGCAACCAUGCUCUUGCGGUCUGGUACGAGUUUGGAGGGGCGGAAGCUGACAGAUUUCAUUGCCCCAGGUGAGGCUGAACGUGCCCAAGAAAUUCUGAUGUCUCGAAUUCGGAGCGAUCGUGCAGCCCAUGCCUUUCAUACCCACUUGGUUGAUAGUUACUCCAGCAAGUUCCGCACCGAAGUUUUCCAGGUGAAGUAUGCCAUGAUGGAUGGCCGCGAGUGCCACCUCGUUGGCCUUCGGGAUUUUACCGAUUUGAAAUCCUUAGCAGGUGAAAAUGCUACAGAUGCAAUUCAGGAUGAGUCUGAAAUGGCUGAGGCCUCUGCCGAGGCCUCUGCCUCUGCCUCUGCCUCUGCACAGUCUGGAAGGGGAUUCGAUGCCUUCGAUGCCUUCUCAGAGCCCAGCUACGAGCCACCCUCGGACGCCAGCGAGUCAGUCCUGAGCAACGAGAGCAACGCUACACUCGAGCGAACCGACCGUGAGAACGGAAUUGUAGAGAAGAGAUUGAAGUAUGCUCAUAAGGAUGCCUUUCUGGAGAUUGAUAUGGAAGCUGAGAUCGUCGAAGCUGCAUCUGCUCCCUUUUGCAGCCUCGCUGGAAAACCCCUCAGCCAGAGUUUCGCAUCAGACUUCACCCGCGAGCUCCUUCAUCGCUUGCGUGAAGAUGCGAUCCAAAACGCCCAGCGAUUUCAAUUACCGGACCAGGUGGCGACAUUUCAUGCAAUGCCGAUCUAUGUGGAUCGGUCCAUCGUCAUGACGUCUGGUGUGAUGAAAGUUUCUCUUACACGCUACGGCAGCCUCAACGUCAUCAUGUGCAUCAACCAUGCGGAAGUGCAGAGUUUCACAACGAAGACGUCUGAAAGGAUGGACAUGAGACCCAAGGGACCUUUGGCGCUGUAACCUUUUGAAACAAUCCUCUCUCUCUCUCU